AAUUUGUCUCUGACAGCUCUAUCCUUUUCCAUUUGUGUAAGGGAGAAAAGCCUCUCCUCCUCCUCUUCCAAUUAUCCUAAAAUCAGGUACAAUCAAAAUCCCGGUUCUUUAAAUUUCCCGAUCAAGAUCAUGUUUCAGCUGUGUUAAUUCUGCUAAUUGUUGAUCGGGAAAUCCCGGUUCUUUAAAUUUCCCGAUCAAUCAAAAUCGCUAAUUGUUGCAGAUCAUAGGGAAAUCAUUAAUUUCAAUGGAAGGAUCGGCAUUGCGGAGGGAGAAAGAGCGAGAACGAAGACGUAUAAGGGACAGAGAAAGAAGAUCGUCAAUGAGCAUUGAACAGAGAGAAAGGCAUCUCGCAAGACGUAGAAGAAACUACCAACUACGAAGAUUGAAAUAUCAAAAUGUGAAAACUACGAAUCCAAGCUUUUCGGGAACAAAUUCAUUUAAGGCAAUAUCUGAAACUUCCAUUGCAGAACUUGAUCUGCAACAAAAUGGGAUUAUGCUCGUAGGUUUCAAUCACGAACAAGAAUCCUUAAAUCCAGAUUCCAUAACGUCUUCCAGUUCCGAAACAUUGGACCCAAGAGCUGAAAUUCUUCAAGGGAGGGUACGUUUGAGUCAUAUUCGACGACUUGCACGUUCAAUUGGGAUUCACCAAAUGUUUUCACAGGUGGGUCUAGAAUCAACUUCCAAUUGUAAGUCUAAGGAUUCUAAUUUGGAGUAUGAUCUUAGUAGACCAUCAAAAUCGUUAAGGCAUGUCAAGCGCCUAGCGAGAAUGAUGAAUUCAUCUGUGAAACCAUCUGCUAAUGAAUCUUCACAACAUCAAACCAUCAUUGCGGGUAGUGCAAUCUUCUCUUUUCAAACUUAGGUAUGUACUGGAUGUACCUGUCUUGAUGGAUCAAAUUUCAGGAUAAAAAAGGGUGAUGGGUUUUGUUUGUAAGCAUUAGAUAAACAUGGAUUUUAUCUCAAAACCAAUUGGUAAGGAGAUGACUAAUCCAUGUGAGAUCUCUUCGUCAUUUGGGAUUCCUAACAACCUAUCAAAUUGUUGGUCUCCAUUGAUGCAACGUGAGUCAGAUGGGGAUUUUACUUUAUCUUGGAUUGAAUCCUUCUUACUGAAGGAAAGAAAAGGGUACAAAUGCCCAACAAUGGAAAGAAACAAAGGAUGGCAGAUCGGCUGGCUUGGCCUUUACAGGUGGGAGAGAAAUUCAAUCUUCCAGCGAAAGAACAGAGGAAGAGGAUGAUAUUGUAACUUGUAAGAUCAUAUAUGUUGCACUAUUUGUUGCGCAAUUUUAUUUGCAUGGAGAGUUGAAGACAUUAUGAGUGAAAAUUUGGGGGUAACAGGGAUGAGGUUGAUAUGCUUGAUUGAGCAGUCUAUGUUUUUCUUGAAGGAAUUAAAAUUCAAAAUUCUCUUCUUCUUUCCA